CAACUCUUUCGCAGCAGCAGAGAAGAGGAGAGAGAGAGUGAGAUUUUCCUUUUCUUAUUAUCUAUUGACGCUGUAAAAAAGAUCUCUCAUGGCGGCCUCAGUCGAUAACGGCCACUUUACAACUUCGUUGAAUGGCGUUGUUCGGUCACUGAAGCCAGGUACAAACCACAGGUCCGGCUCGCCGGCACGGAAUUGUAAUUUCUCAUCUCCGGUACAUGAACUCACUCAGCCCAAAAAAGCAGUCCAAAUGGCGGAUGACUUGUCAAGCGAAGACGAUGAGGAUGAGAAUGAUUAUAAGGCUUUGAUUCUAAAAGGCAACAAUGAAUUGGAGCCUUCGAUUUUGGAUCCUAGAGAUGAAGGCACGGCGGACAAUUGGAUUGAGCGGAACCCUUCCAUGAUCCGGCUCACAGGGAAACACCCCUUCAAUUCUGAACCGCCGCUUAACCGGCUUAUGCAUCACGGUUUCAUUACUCCGGUCUCUCUCCACUAUGUUCGGAACCACGGAUAUGUCCCCAAAGCUAACUGGGAUGAGUGGACAGUCGAGGUCACCGGUUUAGUCAAAAGACCGACCCGGUUCACCAUGGACCAGCUUGCUAACGACUUCCCGAGCAGGGAAUUCCCGGUCACGCUUGUUUGCGCAGGGAACAGGCGCAAGGAACAAAACCUGGUCAAGCAAACAAUUGGUUUCAAUUGGGGCGCUUCAGGAGUAUCCACUUCAGUGUGGCGGGGUGUACCGUUGCGUAUCUUGCUCAAGCGAUGUGGCAUCUAUAGUAGAAAAGGUGGGGCCCUCAACGUGUGCUUCGAAGGAGCCGAAGAUUUACCCGGUGGCGGCGGAUCCAAAUACGGGACAAGUAUCCGUAAAGAGAUCGCUAUGGAUCCAUCGCGUGACAUCAUUCUCGCUUACAUGCAAAACGGCGAUGUCUUAAAGCCGGAUCACGGGUUCCCGGUUCGGGUUAUCAUGCCCGGUUUCAUCGGUGGUCGUAUGGUGAAAUGGUUAAAACGCAUCGUAGUGACGACAAAGGAAUCCGACAAUUACUACCAUUACAAGGACAAUAGGGUCCUUCCAUCUCAUGUUGACGCCGAGCUCGCUAAUGCUGAAGCCUGGUGGUACAAGAAGGAGUAUAUCAUCAAUGAACUCAACAUUAACUCGGUCAUAACGACGCCGUGUCAUGAGGAGAUAUUGCCGAUAACUUCAUGGACCACUCAAAGGCCAUACACCAUGAGGGGAUACGCAUAUUCCGGAGGUGGGAAGUACGUGACACGUGUCGAGGUAACAAUGGACGGUGGGGAGACGUGGCACGUGUGUAGUUUGGACCACCCUGAGAAGCCCAACAAGUAUGGUAAAUAUUGGUGUUGGUGCUUCUGGUCCGUGGAGGUGGAGGUGCUGGACCUACUUGGGGCCAAGGAAAUUGCAGUCCGAGCCUGGGACGAGACCCACAACACCCAGCCCGAGAAGCUUAUUUGGAAUCUUAUGGGAAUGAUGAACAACUGCUGGUUCCGAGUCAAAACCAAUAUUUGUAAACCUCACAAGGGUGAAAUUGGUAUAAUAUUUGAACACCCAACACUCCCAGGCAAUCAAUCUGGUGGAUGGAUGGCUAAAGAGAGACGCCUAGAAAUAUUAUCGGAGACCCAACAAGCCUUAAAGAAGAGCGUCUCAUCGCCCUUCAUAAACACUUCUUCAAAGUCCUUCUCAUUGUCGGAGGUCAAGAAGCACCACUCCCCUGAUUCUGCCUGGAUUAUCAUCCACGGCCACGUCUACGACUGCACACGCUUCCUCAAAGACCACCCCGGAGGCGUCGACAGUAUUCUGAUAAAUGCUGGCACAGAUUGUACUGAAGAAUUUGAUGCAAUCCAUUCUGAUAAGGCCAAGAAGAUGCUGGAAGACUAUCGAAUUGGUGAGUUGAUCACCGUCGAUUAUAGCUCGGAUUCAGCUGCCUCGUCUCCUAAUAGCUCCGUCCACGGUGCCUCUAACUUGACACAUUUAGCUCCGAUCACUGAAGUUGCACCGGCAAGGCCUGUUGCUCUUGUUCCACGCGAAAUUAUUCACUGCAAGCUUAUCGAAAAGAUAUCGUUAUCUCACGACGUUCGUCUCUUUCGGUUCGCAUUGCCAUCUGAGGAUCAAGUUCUUGGAUUACCAGUAGGAAAACACAUAUUUUUACGUGCCACCAUUGAAGACAAAUUGUGCAUGAGAGCUUAUACUCCAACAAGCACCAUUGAUGAAGUUGGUCACUUUGAUCUAGUGAUCAAGAUUUAUUUCAAGGGCGUCCACCCCAGAUUUCCCAAUGGUGGGCUCCUCUCACAACACCUUGAUUCGCUCCCGAUUGGGUCUAUUUUGGACGUGAAGGGGCCAUUGGGACACAUUGAAUAUAACGGGCGUGGAAAUUUCAUGGUUCAUGGAAAACCCAAGUUCGCCAAGAAGCUAGCAAUGUUGGCCGGUGGGACCGGGAUCACACCAAUUUACCAAGUGGUUCAAGCCAUUUUGAAGAACCCAGAGGAUGAAACAGAGAUGUACGUGGUCUAUGCGAACAGAACAGAGGAGGAUAUACUGUUGAAGGAAGAAUUUGAUUCCUGGGCUUCAAAGCAUGAUAGGCUAAAGGUGUGGUACGUGAUUCAAGAGUCGAUCAGGGAAGAUUGGAAAUAUAGUGUGGGAUUCAUUACAGAGAGUAUCUUGAGAGAUCAUAUUCCAGAAGGAUCAAAUGAUACUCUGGCUCUGGCAUGUGGGCCACCACCAAUGAUCCAGUUUGCAGUGCAGCCAAAUUUGGAGAAGAUGAAUUAUGAUGUCAAGAAUUCUUUGUUGAUCUUUUAGAGAGAAAAUUCGUACGUGUUGUUGAUCUUUUUGAAGAAAUAAUGCUUUGUAGUUUGUGUAUAUAUAUAUAUAUGAUUUUUCUAAGCA